UAUUUAUGGCACAUUCAAUAUACAGAUACGAAUAAGGACAACAACAACAACAACAACAACAACAACAACAAAACAAUAUAGGACGCUAGUGGAUCACUUUGUAUGCAAAUACCCGAUGUUAUUUGGGCGGGAGAAGGAGGGGAUGCUCUCUUGUUGUCACUUGCCACCCAAGACGUGAUUCAGCCUCAACAAUUACCAUUAUCUGUGUCCUAGUUUUCACGACUUCGGCGAAUCGGUAAUGAUGAAGAGGGUUUCCUUCAGUCAUUGUGAAAGUAGCGGCCUAUUCUUAGCCGGGUUCACACCUACCGUCGCUGGGACUUAAGCACUCGAAUCAUUCAGGUGCUUUGUGGCCGAAUGGGGAGGCGGCUACUGUUUAGCAGCGCUAAGUGCUGUUUAUAUAAACAGCGCCACGCCAGUGUACACACUAUCACUUGGAGUCGGAUCAAGCACCAUUCUACUGCUCGUCCUUGGAUAAAGUUGUUUAAGCCAAACAAAUUUAGCUCUGUUAUAUCAUGGCCGUUCCUGCCAGGCUCAGCUUUACCGUGAGGAGUAUUUUGGAUUUACCAGAAAAUGACAGCGAGAGCGCAGCGCAUCUUUUGCCACUCCACUCGCUCUCUAGCUCUCCUUACUCAUCCUGGACAGACAGCGACAGAGGCCACUGCAUGUCCUCAGAUGAGAGCAAUCCGGAGGCGUCCCCUGACUCCACCGGGUCUAAUGAUCCUCCCGCGGAGGCAGAUCAGGAGAAGAAAAAGAAACGGCGUGUGUUGUUCUCCAAGGCCCAGACCUAUGAGCUGGAGAGGCGCUUCCGGCAGCAGCGCUACCUGUCUGCUCAGGAGCGCGAGCAGCUCGCGCACCUCCUCCGCCUCACGCCCACACAGGUCAAGAUCUGGUUCCAGAAUCACAGGUAUAAGAUGAAGCGAGCGCGGGUCGAGUGUGUACAGGAUUUCGGUCCACCUCCGUUGCUGCGCAGGGUCGUGGUGCCAAUUCUAGUGCAGGACGGUAAACCAUAUCAGAGCUGCAUUAGCGAAACUGAAAAGGGAGGCUGCGUGGUUCCGCCAUCGUCUUGUGGGCCUCGAGGAUUCCAACCUUUCCAGCCGUCAACUUUUGCGCUUCUACCGCAGUACCAGCACUUUACAAACCCAACAGCCUCCACACACCAUCUCCUUUGGUGAAACCAUCCACGGUGGACUAAAGGAUGACGCAUGGAUGAACAUACAUGCUUUUAUUUACACGUGUAGUGUACACAGUAAAUGAGUAAAUGCAAUUUGCACAUAUUUUAUUUUGUAUUUAGAAAUAGUUGUGUUUUCUGAUCCGAGGUGACUU